ACAGAACCAACCAAAAAAGAGAACUGCAAUCUGCCGUUGCUUUCGUCUGUUUUCUCGACCGAAUUCACUGUCAAGAUACCGCUUCCUUACAGUACUAGUAGUACUAGUAGUAGUGCAGGAGAACUGACUUACACAAAUAACAAUGGCAACCAUUACUGAUCUCGUUCCUCCCGGUGUGGUCACUGGUGACAAUCUCACGACGCUUUUGGAGCAUGCGCGAGCGAAUGGAUACGCGAUUCCCGCCGUCAACUGUACCAGUUCUUCGACGGCCAACGCUGUCCUUGAAGCCGGCCGCAAGUCCAAAUCCCCCGUCAUUAUCCAGGUCUCCAACGGUGGUGGUUCCUUCAUGGCGGGAAAGGGAUACAAGGACGCCGACUCGGCUACCGUCGGAUCGGUCGCUUUGGCGGUACACGUGCGUUCCGUCGCCAAGUACUACGGAAUCCCCGUCAUCCUUCAUUCCGACCACUGUGCCAAAAAACUCCUGCCCUGGUUCGACGGUAUGUUGGCAGCGGACGAAGACUUUUUCGCCAAAUACGGAGAACCCCUCUUUGGAUCCCACAUGCUCGAUCUCUCCGAAGAACCGGACGAGGAGAACAUUGCCAUUUGCGUCGAAUACUUCAAGCGCAUGGUGCCCAUGAAGAUUUGGCUAGAAAUGGAAAUCGGCAUUACGGGAGGAGAAGAAGACGGAGUCAACAACGAGGACGUUGACCCCGACAAGCUCUACACUACCCCCGAACAGGUGUACUCGGUCUACCAGGCCCUCUCCCAGGUGGGGGACAUGUUCUCCAUCGCCGCUGCUUUCGGCAACGUCCACGGAGUCUACAAACCGGGUAACGUCAAACUCAGUCCGGAGCGACUCGUUAAGCACCAGGAGUACACCAAGAAAAUGAUCGACUCCAGUCUGACCCAUCCCCUCUUCCUCGUCAUGCAUGGCGGUUCCGGCAGCACGGACGAAGAAAUCCAAACCGCCGUCAAGGCCGGCGUCGUCAAGAUGAACAUUGACACCGACACGCAGUGGUCGUACUGGGACGGACUCCGCGGAUUCGAAAAGGAAAAGCGCGACUACUUGCAGGGACAGAUCGGCAAUCCCACGGGCGCCGACAAGCCCAACAAGAAAUUCUACGAUCCCCGCGUCUGGGUCCGCAAGGCCGAAGAGGCCAUGGUGGUUCGCGUCAUGACCAGCUGCGAGAAACUGAACUCGGCCGGUACCUACGAACCAUCCAACGAACCGGGAUCGCCGCAGUUGGGUCAGCCCUUGAAGACGCCCAGUCCCGUCGUGCUCAUGGCCGCCGGUGCCCUGGCCGGGUCCGCCGCCACGCUCUUGCUCAAGACCUUGGGCAAGUAGAAAAGACAAGCACUUCGUAACGUGCCUUGCGUUUAGAGCCAAGGUCAAAGUCUUUUUUGUUUACGUGAAAGU